AAAAGUGAAAGCGGGCAAAAAAUUGAUUUAAGGAGACCGGGCACACACUACGUGUACAAGUCGAAUUAGUUAAUAUACAUAAAAUAGCUUGGCACUUUUUAGAUAUUUCAUAAUAUUUGAUUCACAGGCAGCUCCACAACCAAUUGAACACCCUAAAUGAGUAAAUUGUUUUAGAAUAUAUGUACUAAUUUUAGUUUUUUUCCUUUUUGAAUACCCAAAGUGAAAUUGGUCAGAAAGAAGGUGGUGGUGGGUUUCAAGGAGGAGGUAAAAAGAGUAAUAGAGAAGCUUGAUGACGGAGGACAGGGCAAACCGCUGGAGAUUAUAACAAUCAUCGGCACAGGUGGAGGCGGCAAAACCACUUUGGCCAGAGAAGUGUAUCAUCAUCCUUUCACCAAAUAUACUUUUCAAAUUCGUGCAUGGGUUGAUGUUUCUCAAGAUUAUGAUAAUACUAUGAAGAGGGAUUUGUUGAUUUGUAUUUUGAAAUUAGCUUCCCCAGAAAACAAUCCAGAUUACGAGAAGAGAAGUGAGGAUAAGUUGGGAGAAGACGUACACAAAUGCCUGAAGGGUAGGAAAUAUCUCAUAGUCAUGGAUGACAUGUGGGGCAUUGAAGCCUGGAAUGAUAUGCAAAGAUCAUUUCCUAGGGAAUGCAAGGGGAGUAAAGUAUUGUUCACUAGUCGACUUGUUGUUCAACCUAACAGCAUCGGCUGCGUCCCUCAUUGUUUGGCUCCCUUACCAAAAAGUUGGAGUUGGGAGUUGUUACAAAAGAAGGUAUUUGGGAUAAAAAAGUGCCCACUCGAGUUGGUGGAAAUUGGUAAGCGCAUCGCAGAAAAAUGUGAAGGUUUACCACUCGCGAUUGUCACAGUAGCUGGAAUUUUGGCAACGGAAGACAAGACAACGGAUGUGUGGGAGGAAGUUUUCAAACAUUUAAGUUCGAUUAUUGCCAAAAAUCAGGAGCACUGCAUGGAGAUACUAGAACUUAGUUACAAUCACCUCCCUCUUCAUUUGAAAGCGUGUUUUAUUUAUAUUGGAGCAUUCCCUGAAGAUUAUGAAAUCCAUGUACGCGAGUUGAUAUGGUUCUGGAUCGCAGAGGGAUUUAUUCAGCCAAGUGAUCAUGGGGAGAAAAGCUUAGAGGCCAUAGCAAACGAUUACUUAAUCGAUCUCAUUGAUAGAAGUCUUGUAAUGAUAGCUAAGAAAAGGUCCUUGGGUGAAAUUAAAGCAUGCCGUAUCCAUGAUCUUUUGCGUGAAUUAUGCUUGAAAAAAGCCAAGGAGGAUAAUUUCCUUGUGAAAAUUAACGAGGAUGAUUCUUUUUCACCUUCUGCUAUGCAUAAGUAUCGUCGCCUCUUCAUUGGAUGCAAGUUCUUGCCUAAGUUUUCCUUUGGGCCUCGUGCUCAGAACCUUCAUUCUUUUCUGUGCCUUUGCUCAAGAAACUGCCCGUGUUUACCAGGUGAACGAAAUAUGGCAUUCAUUUUUGAAAACUUCAAACUUCUAAGGGUGCUAAGCUUUAACCCCGCUGAAUGCAGAGGAGGAGAAGAAUUAGCACACCUAGUUCAUUUGAGAUACUUAGCAUGUACGUUAAGGGCCGACCACUGGAGGCUUGCGCCAAUUAACUACCCCAUGAAACUAGAAAUCCUUGACGUCCAAGCUCUGCAGAACAGUGAUCACAUCGAGUUGCCUCUUGAUAUAUUUAAGAUGGUUAAGUUGAGGCAUAUUUAUAGUAGAGCAGGGAUAUUUACGUAUCAUGUUUCUUCUCAAGGAGCAAGAAUUGGUUCUGAUCAUUCCUCCAGGUUGGAUAACCUACAGACCUUGAACCGAAUAUGUUCUUGUGACGAUUGCCGAACUUUCUUGGCAAGGAUUCCCAAUCUUAGGAAGCUAGGAGUUGAAGCAAAUCAAAUAUCAUUGGAUGGUGUUUUGAUGAUCCCCGACCUAGAGUUCUUAAAAUGCCUUGAGACACUCAAAUUUACCUUGGCAUGGUACAGUACCCGUACUCAGAACCGUACUUUUCCGUCGGGGCUGAAGCUUCCUCCGACUGUUAAACGAAUAACGUUGCACAAUGUGCAGAUAAAGUGGGAGGAGCUGUCAAUCCUCCAAACCCUGCCGAGCCUUGAGGUUCUCAAAUUAUUAGACAAGGCUUGUGAGGGACCAGUUUGGAACACAAGUGAAGAAGGGUUCUCUCGACUCAAGUACUUGAAGCUUAAGCAUUUGGAUAUCAAGGAGUGGAAUGCUUCUGAAGAUCAAUUUCCGAGUCUUGUGGUCUUAGUGAUCGAAGGUUGUGAAAACCUGGAGCGGAUCCCGAUUGACUUUGCUAAACUAAACGAACUUUGCGAAAUUAACUUAACAGCGUGCGGUAGGUCUGUCGCGAUAUCGGCCUUGGAUAUUCGGAAAGAGCAGAUAAAUGAAAAAGGAGAUGAUUGUUUCCUAGAUAUCCGUGGCACAGAUAUUUUGCUAGGUGGAGAGGAUACAGUGGAUCCCAGAUUCAUUGUGGACCCUGAUGUGUGAACUCGAGAGUUAUACUUCCUCUGUCCCAAUUUAAAAGAGUUAUAGUAUAAAAAACGAGUGGUAACGCGAAAAAGGUGACUCUUCCUUGCAUUUGUCAAAAAGCCCAAAACAACUCUUUCGUGAAGGAAUCAGAGCCUUGAUGAAGAUAUUUGAUGAGGCAGCUGGGCGUGGAGAAGAUUGAAUAUGUCUCAUGCGAAGGAAACAAGUGUGCUGAUUUAAUAGCUAAUAUGUUGUUUAUUGACAUUUUCGAUUUUCGUUUAUUUGAUGUUGCUCCGGUUUGUAUUAAUCCGCAACUUUGCCAAGAUGCAAAUGGGGUUGAAUACCCUAGACUCUCGUAUGUUUCCUAGUUUAUUUAUCUAAUGUUCCGGGUUUGCUAUUGACGAAAACCGAAGGAAACUUAAAUAAAGGCAUACAAGGAAAACCAAAGUUGCUUCA